AAAAAUUCAAGAAGAAGAAGAAGUCGUUCUCCACCUUGUUUCGUUGCUGCAGCUACAGAAAGAGGACGGUGGCAGACCUCGCUGUAUGACUGUAUUAUUAAUAAAUAACAAUGGCGCUUGAAUCGCGGAUUACACAGGAGGAAAUAAAGAAGGAGCCAGAGAAACCCAUCGAUCGGGAAAAGACUUGCCCCCUUCUGCUGCGAGUAUUUACCACCAACAGUGGGCGACACCACAGAUCAGACGAAUUUGCUCGGGGCAAUGUGCCCUCCAGUGAGCUCCAGAUAUACACAUGGAUGGACGCUACAUUGAAGGAGCUCACCAGUUUAGUAAAGGAAGUGUAUCCAGAAGCCAGGAAAAAGGGGACUCACUUCAGUUUCGCCAUCGUCUUCCCUGAUCCAAGAGUAAAGAUGUACAAGCUGAAGGAGAUCGGCAGCACUGUGUCCGGCAGGAAGGGCCUGGAUGAUGCCAUGACGCUGCAGUCUCAGCGUUUCCAGAUUGGAGACUACCUGGAUAUAGCCAUCACGCCGCCCAACAGAGCGCCGCCCCUCAACCCGCGCAUGAGGCCUUUCUGAGCGCCCUCACACACUCUGAGAGAUGGAUCUUUAUUUUGUGUUUUCUCAUCUUGAAUUGUUUCACUCAUUUUAUAAAACUUGAUGUUUAAUAAACCUGUUGUUUUGUUGGUUUUUU